AAACCCUGGAGACCUCGCCGCUGACUACAGCCCAGAUCAGAUAUGUUUUGUUCCACAACGCCCUCCCCUUUGUUGGAUUUGGUUUCCUUGAUAAUGCCAUCAUGAUUGCAGCAGGAACACAGAUUGAGCUCUCUAUCGGAGUCACUCUGGGGAUCUCCACCAUGGCGGCUGCGGCUCUGGGGAACCUGGUUUCAGACUUGGCAGGUCUCGGUCUUGCAGGUUAUGUGGAGGCUCUGGCUUCCAAACUGGGGAUGCAGGUUCCAGAUCUGACGCCCAAACAGGUGGACAUGUGGCAGACCAGGCUCAGCUCUCACAUGGGUAAAGCCAUCGGGGUGUCCAUCGGCUGUAUUUUGGGGAUGUUCCCGCUGUUUUUUCUGGGCGACGACGACGAGAAGGAGAAAGAAGCACAACCCUGCAGUGACAAAGAAUCCCUUCUUCCUAACGAGCCACUACAGCUUCACAACAAUCACACCUACAGACUGGAUACUGCUGAUGUCAACUUGAAA